AUGUCAGCUAUAAAUAGAAGCGAAUCCCCUCUUACACUGUAAAUUUUAAGCAGAUGGAGAUGUCCCAAUAAAUACAAAAAAUUAGACGAGUUGCAUAAAGAAAUACGCAGAGAAAAGCGUAGCAUUAUUUCUGUAGGAAAUUCGAUACCUCCCUUAAUAAAAUCAUUUAAGAGAUUAGGGGUUCCUCGAGAUAUUAGGAAAAUUUUGAAAAAAAUGCAUAUAAGGAAGCCAACUUCUUUGCAGAUGCAAGCUCUGCCUGCUAUUCUUAUAGGGAGAGACACAUUGAUGAUGUCGCUUACAAGAUCAGGAAAAACUUUAGCAUUUUGUUUGCCGCUGAUUAUGGGGUCGUUUGAAGAGGAACAUAGGAUGAAUUUUAUUGAAGGAGAAGGCCCGGUUGGGCUAAUUGUGGUCCCAUCUCGUGAGCUUGCUUAUCAGAUUUAUUAUUGAUAAGAGAAAUGAGGAAAAUAUUUUUACAAGCUUUAAUUAUAUUUUAUAAAAAUUAAGAAAUAAUUUAUGAAAAAAUCAUAUGUAAUUUUGGGAAAAAUAAUAUAAAUUCAUAUUAAAAAUUAUUGAUGAAGCAAGAAAUUAUCCCAAAAUCAGAGUGAUUUUGUGCAUUGGAGGCGUUGAUAUGAAACAUCAAAUGGAAAUUCUGAGGCAAGGAGUCCAUAUAAUUAUUUCUACCCCUGGAAGGCUUUCAGAUAUGCUUGCAAAGCAUAAAAUAUUUUUAGCCCACUGCAAAGCAAUUGUCCUAGAUGAAGCUGACAGGCUGCUUGAUUUAGGAUUUGAAGAUGACAUCAGGAUUAUCUUAAGCCAUGCUAGGCCGGCUUGCCAAAUAAUAUUAUCUUCAGCCACAAUUCCAAAGAAAAUUCAAGAAUUUUCUCGGCAAGCUAUGAAAGAUCCAAUUUUUAUUAAUUUAUCAAGGCAAUCAUUAUCCAAAUUAAAAUUAACACAAGAGGUUGAAUAUGCAGGCCAUGAUCAGAAAUUAUUGAAAUUGUUAGAAACCAUGCAAAAAACCAAUCCACCUAUAUUGAUUUUUUGUGAAAAUAAAAUAGAUGCUGAUAAAAUAGAAAGAUUUUUAUAUGAAAAAAGAAUAGAUGUGGCUUGCCUGCACGGAGGAAAAGAACAAAAUGAAAGAACACAAGCAAUUAAAGAUUUUAAUAGAGGAAAACUUGAUGUGCUGGCAGCGACUGACGUCGCUGCAAAAGGGCUAAAUUUUUAUAAUGUGAGACAUAUAAUUAAUUUUGAUCUGCCUAAAGAAAUUGACAGUUAUAUCCAAAGGGUGUGCAGAGCAGGAAAAAGGGCAGUUAUCACCACAUAUUUAAGCUAUAAUUUAGAUAAACUGCUUUUAUGUGACCUUAAACAUUUUUUAGAAGACUCCAGACAGAAUAUUCCAAUAGAGUUAGAAGGGAUUUUAGAUGGAGAAGAUGAGCAGGUGACAAGAGAAGGAAACUGUGCUUACUGUAAGCUCCCAGACCAUAGGAGAUCCUCAUGUCCUACAUUACAGCAAGAAAGGCUUAAAUCAUUGCUUCCUAUUUAA